UUAUGAAUCAAAUAGAAUAAACAGCUAAAAAGAGUAUUAUCAAAAAUUCGGAACCCAUCCAAAUCUCACACUAUCAAAUAGAUAAGAAGAAAUUCUAUGGCAAAGGACAAUAUGGAGCUGUUUAUGGUUGCUCAGACAUUUAGAAUCCAGACUUGUAACUCUGUGCCAAGGUCUUGAAAGUUGAGGAUGUCGAUUAGUUAAUCUUGAAAAGAGAAGUCGAAAUUAUAUAAAUGCUUAUGCCAAUCCAAAGAGAAAACUAGAACCUGAUCCAAGUAUUUGAAGUAUUCAAUGAAAAAUCACAUGGCAGCAUCUACAUCAUCAUGGAACUGUGCAAAGAUGGAGAUCUCAAAUAACUUCUGGAUAAACGAAAGAAAAACCAACCCUUCACAAUAGACGAAGCAAUCAACAUUGUUGGACAAAUAGCCAAUGGUUACAAGACACUUUACAAAUCCCGCAUUAUGCACAGAGAUAUUAAACCAGCCAAUAUUCUAAUUCAAAAUGGAGUAUUCAAAAUUGCUGAUCUGGGCAUGGGAAGAGUAAUUGAAGACAUGAAUUAUGCUCAAAACUUUACUAAAGUAGGCACUCCAGCUUAUGCAGCUCCUUAACUAUUUUUAGAAUCAAAGUUCUCCUCCAGAGCUGAUGUCUACUCAUUAGGUGUCAUAUUUUAUCAGUUGAUCUAUGGAUAAUUACCUAUAUAGGCCAAAACUUAACCAGAACUAUUGUAAAAGUUAAGGACUCUCAAAGCAACACCAAUAUAGUGUGAUGAGCAAUGUCCUACAGGGAUUGUGCCUUAAAAUGUGAGACAAUUAAUCCAGAAGAUGCUUUAUUAUGAUGAACACGAGAGAUGCUCCUGGAUGGAUGUAUUUUCAUCCGAUGUCUUGAAUUAGACACUAUCUCAUACCCUUUCGACAUAGACUCCCACUAAUACACAUUAGGGGUUCCACUAAAACAGAUCAGGACCUGUCAAUUACUAAAUCUACUACAGGGUAAAUGAGAUAUCCGAUAAUAAAAUCCUUCACAUCAUUCGUAUUUUGACCAACAAAAGCGAUUAGGCCAAUAAAUGUCAUAAAAAUUUGCAAGACUAAAAGUAUAUUUACUAAAUUAUCUAUUCUUAGGUCUUUAUAAACUGCCUUCCCUUUGAAAUCAGGAGAACUGAUAUUACUCUCUUUAUCUAUCUCAGGAUAUCGAUACAAGUUAAUUCAAAAUAUCUUAGGAUUACUACUUAAUUAAUAUCUUCAAUUGAUUCCUUAAUUAUAGGCGAUUAUCACUCCUGAAGAAUUAUAAGAGAACUUCAAAAUUAACGAUUUGAAUUCUAAGAGUUUGAAGGAAUACAUAUAAAAAAUACUCAAUGCAUCCAUACUAUUAUUCAGAGUUAUUAUUAUUAAUAUUUCUAGGAAGACGAAUGCAGAUUCUUUAAUUCCUGUUUCAAUAGGGAUAUGUCUUAAGUCAAGGAAAUGAAGAAGGUUCUUGAAUAGGAUGACGACACAAAUUACCUAUUCUUUGCUCAAUCAUUCUCAUUCUUUUUUGAUUCUUUCAAAGAAUCCUUUACUAAAAAUCUUAACGAACCAACUAAUUAGAAGUAAAAUUAUAUCGAACUCUUAGAUUAUUGGACCUACUAAAUAACAUGAAUGAAUUAGAAACUAAGUUUUCUACAGAGAAAUCCUUGAUUAAACCUCCCUCCGACAUUUUGGAAUAAACAAAUAAAAUUAUUAGUUGA